AUGUCGGAGAGCGACCGUGCCUGGUUCGCCACUUAUGAUUCUACACUCUACAUCCUCUACACCCUCCCUCAGCUCGGCGUUCGCCUCUCGCCCGGCUGCAGCAUCCGUGCCCAUCUCUGGCAGCCGAUCGCCGAGCGCCUCCUCAAAGCACGCGAGAAUAUCGUCGCUCAGAAGGCCAAUCCGAGGGCCCAACUUCAGAAUCUUACUUCAAGCCGAGCGGGCGGCGGAUUCGACCGCCGCCACAGGCACAACGGCGGGAAAGAAAAAGCCGCCCAGCAGCUGCGCGAGCAGGGGAUGCGCAAGCUGCGCGCGGCGGGCGGCGCGGUGGUUGCGAUCAAGCGCAUGGAGGACGGCGCGCACGGGUCGAGUAGUGCGACGGAGGCCGCCGCCGGCCAGCGGACUCCGAUCUGGUGUGGCAGGGCGCUUGAGGCGCGCGCGAGGCUUGAGCCUCCGAGUGGGUACGCGAGAGACCGCCGCGACAAGAUCUUCUCGCGCACCGUCCCGCAGCUAGAUCAUUUCUGCCGCUCGUGGCUCGCCUCGGCGCCGCCGCAGCUGGUGGCGCUAAAUGCGGCGCGGCUACACAGUCCAGCGCCGCUGGUCCUCGCCUACGGGAGUGCCACAUCGCUGCUCGGCAGCUCCGCAUCUGACAUCGACUUGACAGUGCUGCUCGAGCUGCCGCCGGAGCUGCAGCGCCGCUUGUUGUCGGACAUUGCGGACGCGUUUGGCUCAGUGCCAGGCGUCACGGCGACGGCGGUGCUCGCCGCGCGAGUCCCGAUCUGCACAAUGACCUUCCCGAGCGACCUGUCCUCGCCUGCGGGAGCGCCGCUGGUCCUCACCUCGGAUCUUGUUGUCGACGUCUCGGUCGGGAACGUCAUCGCCCUCGACAACACGCGGCUGAUUCGCACGUACAUGGAGGUGGACGAGUGUGCGUGGCAGCUCUGCCUGCUGGUCAAGGCGUGGGCAAGGGCGCGGCGGGUAUGCUCGGCGCGGCACUGCUUCCCGUCGAGCUACGCGUGGUCGCUUCUCGCCAUCUGCCACCUGCAGCACCUCGGGCAGCUGCCCAACCUCCAAGGGCUGGCUCCUCCGUGGCAGCUCGAGCAGGCUUUGGUCGCGAAUACCGCGCGGACGCCCGAUGGCCGUGCCGUGAGCUACUCCUUUUGCGGAAACGCCGCCGCCGCGCGCAAGUUUUGGAAGGCGGCCCCGUUCCCCGCGCCGAGACUCCCGCUGCUGCUCACCAACUUCUUCGACACCGCGUUGCAGCUGCUGUCGGACCGAUCGCCGGCUGGCCUGGCCCUCGCUGCGUGCGUCUCCGCCGGAGGGCUGCAGCCGCUCUCCUCUCGCCCAUGCUUCGACCCGCGCGCAGCGCAGCACUUUGCGAUUGAGGACCCGCUCGAGCCGACCAGAGACCUCGGAGGCAUGGUCACCGCCUCCACCCUUGCCAUCCUGCGGACCGAACUCUGUCGCGCGCGCGACUUGCUCCGGGAGGCGGCUGCUUCUGAGGUUGCCGGCGGAGCUGGCGGCAGUGAGGGCGGCGGUGAAGGUGGCGAGCUGGUUACAAAGAUGGGGGCGCUGCUGGUCGGCGCAUCACGCGCAGACGGCGUCGGCAGCCGGCUGGAGGUGCAGCUGGCCCACUUUUCUGGGGGCAAGCAGGCGCGGUACCGGCGGCACACAGAGGCGACCGCAGACCCGCGGCCAGAGAGCCGCGAGCGCAAGGUGACCUGCAUCCUGUACUGCAACUCUACUUGGGUCGAGGCGAGCGAGGGCUGCUUGCGGCUGACCAGGGCCGACUGCGAGAAUGCGACCGGGCUGAAGGCCAGGCCGGAGGGGGCGAGGGGCACGGCCGGCAGCACGAUGGACAUCCCGCCGAUCGGCGGGCGGCUGCUCUGCUUGCUGAGCGGCGCGAUGGUGCACGAGGUGCUGCCCACCAAGGCGGACAGGAUCGCGGUCACUGCGUGGGUAGCUUGA